CUUCGUUAUCCGCCAUCGUGGCGGCAAUGUGAGGCUGUCUAUGAUUUUGCUCUCUAGCUAUCGAUCUCCUUCACUCUGGAUUACGCUUACCACAUUUCAGAGAAACAAUGGCGAACUCCCAAUGCCACAUCGCCCAUUUCCUAACCCGCUUGGUCCAACUCAAGCAAGGCUGUCCGGCCAUCAUCUCAGGCAACCGCCGCCGCACCGGCGGCGAGUUCGUGGACGGAGUUCUCGGCCUCGCUCGCGGACUAUUGGAGUUAGGUCUUCUCUUUCGAGGGGAGGUGGUAGUCAUCGCUGCGCUCAACAGCGAUUGGUACUUGGAGUGGAUACUGGCUGUCACAUAUGUUGGAGGCAUUAUUGCUCCGUUGAACUAUCGCUGGAGCAUCGAGGAGGCAAGAUCAGCCCUGGAGGUUUUGAAACCUGUGAUUUUGGUGGUUGAUGAGUUCUGCAGUUCAUGGGUUGUACAACUUACCAACAGUAGCAGCAUCAAGUCUCUUAGGCUGCAUGCUCUUAUUGGAUGCAACACACUUUCCAACGUGUCCAAGAAUGCAAAUUCUCUAAGUAUGGAUUCCAUUAGAAAGCCUUCACAGGGUACCCAAUUCAUUGAUCCUAUUUAUGCGAUCAAUGGCAUUGCUUUAAUCUGCUUCACAUCAGGAACUACAGGACAGCCCAGGGGAGUUGCUAUUAGCCAUAAAGCAUUAGUAAUCCAGUCCCUGGCAAAAAUUACAAUUGUUGGUUAUGCUGAAGAUGACGUAUAUCUUCAUACAGCCCCUUUGUGCCAUAUUGGUGGGAUAUCUUCUUGUAUAGCCAUGAUAAUGGCUGGCGGUUGUCAUGUUUUCAUUCCCAAGUUUGGUGCAAAAUUAGCUUCUGCUGCUUUUGAACAGAAUCAUGUAACUUCCCUAAUCACUGUUCCAGCAAUGUUGGCAGACCUAAUUUCCUUUGCCAGAAAAUCAAAUAGAUGGAAUGGAGAAACGGUAAACAAGAUUCUUAAUGGAGGAGGUAGCCUCUCAACCGAACUUGUCAAAGGCGCCAUUGAUUUGUUCCCUAAUGCCAAGAUUAUCUCAGCUUAUGGUAUGACAGAAGCAUGCUCCUCUCUCACUUUCAUGCUGAUAUUUGAUCCGUCAUCUCAAAAGCUGAGGAAAAGCCCUUCAUGUUCUGAAAUAUUAGAAUCCAACUCCCUCCAGCUAUAUGUUGGAGUUUGUGUUGGUAAACCACCUCCUCACAUUGAAUUGAAGAUCUGCUGUGAUCCUACUAUUUCUAGUUCACCUAUGGUGGGGAGCAUAUUAACUAGAGGCUUGCAUGUGAUGAUUGGUUACUGGGAUCAAUUAACAAAAACUUCCAAUUGUGAUAAGAGUUGUUGGCUAAAUACUGGAGAUAUAGGGUGGCUUGAUAGUCAUGGCAAUUUAUGGCUAGUUGGGCGCACAAAAGAUCGAAUUAAAAGUGGAGGAGAAAAUAUAUAUCCUGAGGAGGUGGAAGCUGUACUUUGUCAACACAUAGGUGUGGCUGGUGCUGUUGUUGUUGGCAUUCCAGAUACCCGUCUCACAGAAAAGAUUGUUGCUUGUGUUUCAAUUGAAGAGGAUUGGAUAUGGGUUAAUGAAAGUGCCAGGAACUCUUUGGAGGCAAAUCUGCUAUCUAGUGAGAUAAUGCAGAAUUUUUGUAGGCAUAGAAAACUAACUGGUUUCAAGAUACCCAAGGUCUAUAUGCCAUGGAGGAAGCCAUUUCCAUUAACUACCACUGGAAAGUUGAGAAGAGAGGAUGUUAAAAAGGAGGUGAUGUCCUACCUGCAACUUCUAAACAGUAGCUUAUGACAAUUAAAUUAGUUACCCUUUGUUUGUGCGAAUAUUCAUUUUUUAGAGAAAUUAGUGAAAAAAUUAAGUUAGGGAUACAAUCAUAUGAGCCUCUAAUCGGCCUAGAACCAAAUACAUGAAAUGCUCAUGUGGCAAUGCUGCAAAAUUGAGAAGAAAGUUAUUCAUGUGAAACAGCUGCAUCAAGUCUUAUGUUCACUAUGCAGUUUGUU